AUGAUGCCACCGGAGCUGCAGCCGCGGCUGUUCCGGCCGCAUAUAUCCUCUUCCUCCAGUGAACCAACUUUGUCUUCUCCCUCUUACUCCCCUCACACGAGCCCUGCCUCCUCCACAAACUUCAUCGAUCGAACUCCUGCUACCUCGAGAUCCAGCAACUCUCGAUUCUCUCCUUCUUCCUUCGCUUACAGCGGAAGGAUCGCCAUUGCUCUUGUCCCCUGUGCUGCCUUCCUCCUCGACCUCGGCGGCGGUCCGGUUGUCGCUACUCUCACCAUCGGCCUCCUCAUAUCAUACAUCGUCGAUUCCCUCAACGUCAAAUUCGGAGCCUUCUUGGGAAUAUGGAUGUCGCUGAUCGCAGCUCAGAUCUCCUUCUUCUUCUCUUCUUCUCUCAUUUCCUCCUUCAAUUCCGUCCCUCUCGGCCUGCUCGCUGCUUUUCUCUGCUCCGAGACCACUUUCCUCAUCGGAUGCUGGACUUCCCUCCGGUUCAAGUGGCUUCAGCUGGAAAAUCCUUCCAUUGUUGUCGCUCUCGAGCGCCUCUUGUUCGCCUGCGUCCCCUUCACUGCCUCCUCUUUGUUCGCCUGGGCUACCAUUUCCGCCGUCGGGAUGAACAACUCUUCAUACUAUUUCCUCGUCUUCGCCUGCGUCUUCUACUGGGUUUUCGGUAUUCCAAGGGUUUCUUCAUUCAAGACCAAGCAGGAAGCUAAGUACCAUGGAGGAGAGGUCCCUGAUGAUAACUUUAUCCUUGGACCUCUCGAGAGCUGUUUCCUUUCACUGAAUCUAAUGUUUAUGCCGCAUCUCUUUCACGUGGCUUCACAUUACUCUGUGGUGUUCUCAUCAGCUGCUUCAGUUUCCGAUUUGCUGCUUCUCUUCUUUAUCCCUUUCCUGUUCCAGCUUUACGCCUCAACGAGAGGUGGUCUAUGGUGGGUUACCAAGAAUUCCCAUCAGCUGCAGAGCAUUCGGAUUGUGAAUGGAGCCAUUGCCAUGGUCAUUAUUGUGAUCUGUUUGGAGAUUAGAGUUGUUUUCCGCUCCUUUGGGAUUCAAGUGCCCCCUCCGUUGAACUACCUUCUGGUGACCGUAACAAUGCUCGGAGGUGCUGCUGGCGCUGGUGCUUCUGUUCUUGGAAUGAUCUCGAGUGCUCUUAGCUCAGCCUUUUUCACAGCUUUGGCUGUGAUUGUGAGCUCUGCAGGAGCUAUCGUUGUAGGGUUUCCGCUUCUGUUUACUCCGCUCCCUGCAGUAGCUGGGCUUUACUUUGCUCGGUUUUUCACUAAGAAAAGUGUGUCCUCUUACUUUGCAUUUGUUGCUCUUGGAAGCUUGAUGGUAGUAUGGUUCGUAAUGCAUAAUUACUGGGAUUUGAACAUAUGGUUAGCCGGCAUGUUCCUCAAAUCAUUCUGCAAGCUUAUAGUGGCUAACAUUAUCAUAGCCAUGGUCAUCCCUGGUCUUGUUCUUCUCCCAUCAAAAUUUCACUUCCUGACUGAAGCUGGUAUGGUGGCCCACGCGUUAUUGCUGUGUUACAUUGAGGACCGCUUUUUCAAUUACUCAAGCAUAUACUAUUACGGAAUGGAAGACGAUGUGAUGUACCCUAGCUACAUGGUUAUCUUGACGACGCUUGUUGGAUUGGCUGUGGUGAGAAGACUAUUUGCUGAUCAUCGGAUUGGACAGAAGGCAGUAUGGAUCUUGACCUGUCUGUAUUCAGCAAAGUUGGCUAUGCUCUUCCUGUCAUCAAAAUCAAUCGUAUGGGUGUCUGCAGCUCUAUUGCUGGCUGUUUCCCCUCCCUUACUGCUAUACAAGGAGAAGUCGAAAUCUGCCUCUAAAAUGAAAUCAUGGCAAGGUUAUGCUCAUGCCGUAGUGGUUGCUGUCUCUGUUUGGUUUUGCCGGGAAACAAUAUUUGAUGCUCUACAGUGGUGGAAUGGAAGACCUCCGUCUGAUGGCUUGCUUCUUGGUUUCUCCAUCGUGUUAAUUGGUCUGGCCUGUAUACCAAUUGUUGCCCUCCACUUUUCACAUGUCCUGUCAGCUAAGAGAAGUUUGGUAUUGGUAGUGGCAACUGGAUGCAUGUUUAUUCUGAUGCAGCCACCGAUGCCUAUGACGUGGAGUUACCAUUCAGAAAUGAUCAAGGCUGCUCGUCAGUCAGCUGAUGACAUCUCCAUCUACGGAUUCAUGGCAUCCAAACCGACUUGGCCGUCUUGGUUGCUUAUUGUGGCACUCCUUUUGAUUCUUGCGGCUGCCACAUCUCUUAUCCCAAUCAAAUACGUGGUAGAAUUGAGAGCAUUCUACUCCGUCGCCAUGGGUUUAGCUCUCGGUUUUUACAUAUCUGCAGAGUUCUUUCUACAAGCUGCUGUUCUACACGCCCUGAUCGUUGUAACAAUGGUGUGUGCCUCAGUGUUUGUCAUCUUCACCCAUUUCCCAUCUGCCUCAAGUACAAAGCUGCUACCCUGGGUGUUUGCUCUUCUCGUGGCUCUAUUUCCAGUGACAUAUUUGUUAGAAGGGCAGGUCAGAAUAAAAAACGUUUUCAGCGAUAAUGUUGCGUGGGGUUGGGAUGCAAGGGAGGAGGAUAAGAAAGUCACGACCAUGUUGGCCAUUGAAGGUGCAAGAACAUCUCUCCUAGGCCUCUAUGCAGCGAUAUUUAUGCUUGUAGCGCUCCUGAUUAAGUUUGAGCUCACUUCGCUUUUGCGUGAGAAAUUCUCUGAGAGGAGUGGUCAGUCAAAAACCACCCAAGGCGGCGCUCGGGGGAUGUUCCCGUCGCGAAUGAGGUUGAUGCAGCAACGCCGAGCCACCUCGAUCCAAACCUUUGCAGUAGAGAAAAUGUCAGAAGAUGGAGCGGCCUGGAUGCCUGCGGUUGGUAACGUAGCCACCAUCAUGUGCUUUGCGAUAUGCUUAAUCCUCAACAUCCACAUCUCAGGCGGUUCAAGCCAAGCGAUAUUCUUCCUGGCUCCAAUUUUGCUUCUCCUGAACCAAGACUCUGAUCUCUUAUCCGGGUUCGGCGAUAAGCAGAGAUACUUCCCGGUUACACUAGCCAUAUCAACGUACUUGGCGUUGUCCUCUUUAUACACUGUAUGGGAAGAAGUUUGGUUCGGUGGAAACACAGGUUGGGGAGUAGAGAUUGGAGGGCGCGAAUGGUUCUUUGCAGUGAAGAACAUCGCUCUCCUGAUACUCACAGCACCUGGUCACAUAAUAUUCAACAGGUACGUGUGGAGUUACACAAGUAAACACACAGACGCGUCGCCGAUGCUGACGGUGCCACUUAGCUUUGCAGCGGUGGUGAUAACCGACGUGUUUCAGGUUCGGCUUCUGGGAGUUUUAGGGAUUGUGUACUCUGCGGCUCAGGUAUAUUUAGUCAGUCGUAGGAUUAGUUAUGUUUCAGCUCUUUGCUUGUAA